AUGGCUUAUACCUUUCAAAUUUUUAUCACUGGUUACUGUCCCCUAGAAAAGAUUCAUUGUCCAGAAGGUGGACGGAUACACCUGUCUAGCCUACGAUGCUAUUGGCUCUCUGAGAAAGCAUUGCCGUGGCCAGAGGCACGAGACUCAUGUCGAGGUAUCCCAGGAGGGGAUCUGACAGCUGCCGACAGCCCUGAGCUACAGAACUUCAUCCACUUCUCCUUUCCAGUGAAAGACAGUAUGUGGAUAUGGCUCGGGGGAACAGGGGAAGGGGGGCCCCAGCAGGUUGGAACGCUGAGGCCGGUGCAUCCUGGCUGGUGGGAUGGAGGCGGUGAGAGUCAAGGGUUCUGUAUUCAGAUGACCCUGGGGACAAUGGGACAGUGGAGGAGAGCGAGAUGUGAUGGAGAAUACUUCUUCCUCUGUCAAAAAGAAAUAGCUGUGUCUUUACCAUCUGUGGACAGUUAUCUAAUAGGAGUAUCUGUCAUGAGUGGCGUCUAUGCGAGGGCCCAGCUAAACACCCUGCCUGCCACCCCUGAUACCAGACGACUCAAAGUGGAGAUGCAACUGUUUCCAGGGUUGUGGUUUAGUCAUGCGGGUCGGUUGGCAUCAGUAGAAAUGGUGGUCCAGCCCAGCCCGCUGUCUUCUCUGGCCCGAGUCCAGAUCCUCCGGCCUUACUGCAACUCCAACCAACACCUCGUCCCUCCAGGUUGCAGCUCUCUCCUCAAUCCUUUUAGCUGCUGCUCAGCAGUGCCACUGUGUAAUACCACAGGAGGCUGUGCCAUGGGACAGUACUGGUGCCAUCUGAUGGAGGCCUGCCUGUCCGUCACCAGUCCCUGCAGCCCCUAUGACCGCUCACCUGCAGCGGGGGGGCACAGAUUCACACUGCCCCCUAGAUACCUUGCAACACCACCCUUCUACCACUUGGUGGCAGACUUGCCAGUCACAAUGAGCCCCAGCACUGAGCUAAAAACUGUUCAUGUGGCUUUGCCUGACAGGGAGAUCAUGGUUUAUCCUGAUGAUGUCUUGGCCAUACAACACACUCGCGAUGCAGGAGCUUUCUUACACUGCCUGGGUAGCGACUCCUCCCCCGACUCCCCCUGGCGACAGAGCUACUUGUCUUCACAAGGGACUGGGUGGGGGGGAUGGUGGGAGGGAGGCCUCGCUUCCCUGCUCCAGGGAGGCCAGUGGGUAGAUGGGGUGGUGUGUGAUCUACGGAUACUGUAUGUGGACACUCUACACAGUGGCCAUGGCCGUGGUCUGAACAUAGAGCAUGGUGACCUCAGUGACUAUAUCUUCACAGAGACCACAACGAUACCUGAUAUUAGAGCCCUAACUACCAGUCCGACUCCACUUCUGAGUGCAGCACUCAAAGUCAUCCACCCCCAGCCUGAUGAAAAGAACCAGAUUCACGUCAUAAUCAAUGUCCCAACUCUCCUUGUUGUCAAGAUCAUAUCUGGACAUAAAACCAGUAGCUCAUGGUCAGCUCCAGUGCUUCAGAUGGGGGUGCCCCUCUCUCCAUCUUGUCCAGAGGAGGUGGCCAAGUCUUGGCCUGGCUGUAAGAGAGAGUCCUAUGAUACCUGGUUUUCCUGUGUCACCCUUGUAAUGCCCUUAGUGGGGGCUCAGAGUAUGAACAUUAGUGUGAUGAAUGCUUUGAGCUCCCAGACUGCCAGCGUGACGAUUUGCGGCCAUGAGGAGAUAACAGGACUUAGCGUAGAGCCAUAUGGACAUCUUAGGAUGCUCGUGGACAUUUCACAGUCAUUUACAGCCAAAGUGAGGACAGGUUCAUCAGUGAAAUUCACCUGGGUGAUUGACAACAUGGAGACCUUUGCUUAUGAAGGGGAAUCCUACAGUGUGUUGCUAAAGAAACCUGCCAACUACAGACUUUGGUCCCAGGAAAUCCUUCUGACUGCCGAUGUCAUGAUGCCACUCACUGACAUUAAGUUCUUGUCUGUCAGAGAAGUCAUAGCUGUGGCCGCCUCACACAUCUACACCAUUACAGUCAGAGUAGACAUCUCCCUAGCAGUUACUUUCAGGUGGGAUUUUGGGGAUGGAAGUGAUCAGGUGAACCACACCCUGCCUGCUCCAUGCCAAACUCUGGGGGGGCUUGUAGAAAGUGGGGAAAAAGGAGCAUAUGUCCAGGACUCACUUAGCCACACUUACCUAACCCCAGAUGACUACACACUUCGAGUCUAUGUCUCCAACUCCUAUGACAGCAUUGGGACAGCUGUGACAGUAAAAGUUCGCCCAUUAUUCAUUCACCUCCGUAUCUCUUCCAAUCCUCUGGUGCCCCUGGUCUCACAGCCUCUCCUUCUGGAAGCUUCUCCUCAGCCCUCGCCUUAUGGCAUUUUCUACACGUGGGACUUUGGUGAUGGCUCCACAGCUGUCCAGGGGUUCAACAGUCAAGUCAGUCAUGCGUUUGGAUCUCCUGGGGUUUAUAAUGUCUCACUGCGUGCCAACAACACUUUGAAUGCAUUGACCACAUGGCUCAUGGUAGAGGUUAUGGAGCAAGUCACCGAAUUAACUGUGAGUUACAAUGGACCCAAUGAGCUGAAAUCUGUCACGGAGAUCAGCGGUAAAGUGACCAAUGGUACAAGCCUCAUCUGGAUUUUUUACUUGGGGGAUGGCUCAGUGCAGAGAAGCCCCCCAGGUGGUUCUGUCUCCCAUGUCUAUAAGUCUGCAGGAACCUACACAGUUGAUGUAACUGUCUCCAACACCGUCAGCCAGACUCGUCAGUCCUUAAAGGUUGAGAUCUAUGGCUUGAAUAUUAGUAAAAUACAGCCAACAGAUUGUAUCGAGACGGGAAGAGACAUGCAGUUUAGCGCUGAGGUCAAUGGAAACAUAUCCAUGCAGACUUUCCACUGGGAUUUUGGAGAUGGCUCACCUUUGACUGUGUUGAGGGGAAAGCCCGCAGCCACGCAUACAUUUUCAAACCAAGGGAUAUAUAACCUGAAUCUGACUGUGUUUAGUUUGUUCAGUACUGUUUCUUAUAAUGUUACUGUCUGUAUUGAAGCCCCAGUAAGUAGUGUCACUGUGCAGCCGUCAAAGACUGCUGCAGCAGUUGGUGAAGAGGUAUGUUUCAAUGUGUUAGUAUUCCCUGAACAGCCAACAGGUUACCAGCUCAUAUUUAGAAGAUCCUCAAGCCACUAUCCUAUCACAGCAAAUGCCCAAAAGUGUUUUGCCUAUAAAGAGGAAGGGGUUGAAGAAGUGUCAGUAGUUGCAAGUAACAAAGUCAGCAGCAAAACAGCCAAAGCCACUAUUGUCAUCCAAACACCUGUGAGUAAGCUGUCUGUGGCUCACAGUGGUCAAAAUGACACUUUGACUGUCAAUACCAUGAUUUUAUUUUGGAUUGACAGUUGCAGUGGGACCAAUUUUUCUGUGUUUUGGGACUUUGGAGAUGGCACUCUGGUGGAGCAGGACAAAAACGUGUCCCAUGUCUUUACCACCCCAGGCCAUUUCACAGUCACAGCAACAGCAUUUAAUGCCAUAAGUCGAGACUCCGUGACCCUUGAGGUGAAUGUUCUCCUUCCAGUUUCAAACCUUUCACUUCAUACCAGCCAACUCUUUGCUGCAGUAAAUGAAGAAAUUGUUAUAACGGCAAUUAACAGUGCUACAAGUAACACUGAUUACUACUGGUCAGUGGAUGGUAUGAAUACAACCAAAGAAGGAGGCUAUCAGUUUAGAUAUGUGUUCCCCGAACCGGGCGUGUAUCAAGUCAGAGUUUUGGCUCGGAACUUGGUGAGUGAGAGGGAGGCAGCCAUUUUGAUUGAGGUCUUUGAAAGGAUAAGAGGUCUUCAUAUUGAAUGCAACAGUCUGGCGAACAUGAAAUUCAUACCAACCAGAGAGAAAGUGUUAUUUAUGGCUUCACUUAGUCAGGGCUCCAAUAUUACUUAUAAUUGGUUUUCUAUGCAAAGAGGAAUAAACCACCAAAGAACUGGUGACAGAGAACGUUUUGAGCUGCUGGUUGAUACUCCAGGCAACAUUUCCGUCCAGCUAACAGCCUCUAACAAGUUGGGUGAGGCAGUUAGCCAUAUUUCUAUUGUAGCAGUAGAGAGAGUGAUGGGUGCAAGUAUAACAACCCAGUCAAAUAUUGUUGCUCUGAGGAAAUCUGUGAAUAUCUCUGUAACUGUUGUUACCGGGUCUGACCUCCAGUAUCUUUGGUAUGUGAACUCUGACCUCUCACCCAUGCAGACGGAUGUGCCCUUUCUUCUCCACACUUUUACAAGCUUGGGUCACUGCUUUGUCAAAGUCUCAAUACAGAAUUUUCUCAGCCACAGCAAUGCCACCAGAGAGCUUCUAGUGCAAGAGGAGGUUGGGGAAGUAGACUUUCUAAUAGAUGGAAAGACACCUCCAUUUUAUAUCCGCACGAGCGCUGCAGUUUCAGUACAUGGUCUUAUCCGAAAAGGUAGUGAUCUGCACUGGGAGUGGAAAGUUGAGACAAGCGACAAACGCCAUCUUUUUAUAGACACCAAUCAGUCUUUUAUCUACACUUUUACACACACAGGAGUCUGCAACGUGUCUUUAAAUGUCUCGAAUGGGAUAAGCUGGCAGACCGUUUCAAGCGGUGUCACCAUCCAGGAUGAAAUCAGAGGGCUAACUCUGAACAUAAGCAAGUUCACUAUCUGCUCUGAAGACCCAGUUAUUUUUACCCCACUAAUUUCCAAAGGAAGCAAUGUGAGCUUUUCGAUAUCCUUUAGUAAAGAUGAUUUAACUCAUAAACAGGACUUUGUAGAUGGACAGUUAAUCACAUCUAGCCUUGAAGCUGGGAUACAUUUGGUGUCACUGAAAGCAUGGAACCAGGUCAGUAGUUCUCAGGUGACCUCUACUAUUGUAGUCCGGGAGCGCAUUCGAGGUUUGCAACUGGUCAGUUGUUGUUCCACUGCUCUCGAAGCUCUGAAAGAAUUACAUUUUAAAACUGAAGUUCAGAGUGAAUUUCCAGUCAGCUACACGUGGACUUUUCACUUGGAGGGGUUUGAACCUUCACAGGCCACAGGUCAGGAAGUGUACUUUUCUUCACCAGGAAGUGGUUUAUUGUACAUCGGUGUGGUGGUCAGCGAUGAUGUCUGCUCACACACCUUGAAUGAGACUGCUACCAUUCAGUGGCCUGUUAAGCAGGUCAAGCUGAUCUGUCAGUUAGCGAGAAUAUUCAGUGGAUAUCCUGUUGAUGUUUUUGCAGAAGUGGAUGGUGGGAGCAACCUCAGUUUUCAUUGGACCUUUGGAGACUCAGCUGAAGUGUCAGUAAUAGACUUCAACACGGCCAGUCACACAUAUCAUACGGCUGGGAGGUUUGACAUCACAGUCAAGGUUUUCAACAACAUCAGCCACGUGUCCACGCAGCUUCCGGUGGAGGUGAAUGAGCUUCAGUGCUCCAGUCCACAAGCUUCCUUAGUCCAAGUUAACUCCACUAUCCAUCGGGCGAGACCCAGCUACUUUGAAGCGACAGUGGUCAAAAACUGCUCUGCCUACAAGACCAGCUAUCUGUGGAAAGUAUUUAGAAGCUCUGACUGUGAAGAUAAUGAUAAAGGUUUCACUGGAAACAUGGUAACCUUAAGUAGUCAAGUGAAUGUAAAUUCACUGUUACUCUCCUUACCAAAGCACGCUCUGGAGGUUGGGCAGUAUUGCGUGGUAUUCACUGUUUCACUCCUGGAGACUCCUCUCAUUGUCCACCAAAAGACAAAGGUCACAGUGGUCCACUCGCCUUUGGUAGCAAUCAUCAAGGGAGGCUCGCACAGAAUGUGGCCCAGCCACAGUGACGUUGUCCUGGACGGAUCUGAGUCUCAUGACCCCAGCAUGGAACCAGGAGAGGAGGACCAACUGCAGUAUCACUGGGAUUUGAAGACUGAGAUAUCAGUGUGUGAGGCUGCGGUAUUUCCUGUGACUGUGGAUUGCGUAUCCUGUUCUGUCUUCUCCUCCGCCCACCACGUCAGCUAUGCAAACCCUGUAGUCCUCUCUGGACACUGUGGACAAUGUAACGACCAUGCACAGUACAAAUGGAGCGCUGAGGAUCAGAGUGGCCUGACCUUAGACCUUGAUGAGGUCACCACCUUGACGGGGGGUCGCUCUCCGGACCUGGUAGUCCGGUCGCAGCUCCUCCAGGAUGGGCAGAGUUACACUUUCACCCUCAACGUGUCUCGGCCAGACAUCGGGCGGUGGGGCAGCGCCAGCCUGACAGUAUUGCCCAACCAUCCUCCCCACGCAGGGUCCUGUGAUCUGAGUCUGGAGACAGACGUACGCCUGCUGGAGACUGUGGUCACCUAUAACUGCUGCGGUUGGCGUGAUGAUGACAUGGAAGCCUCUCAGCUAAUCUACAUCCUCCAAGUUGCACCAUGCCAUCCUAGUUUCAUUGCAUGCCCUCUGCUCACUCUCUAUAGGGGCACACGUUCAACAUUUGGCACGCUGGUUCCCGUAGGAAGUCAUAGGCAAGAAGGAGACAUGUCAGAUAUAACAGUUACCCUGCUGGUAGAGGACCAUCUAGGUGCAAAAGUUGUUGCUCUUAACAGAACAUUGACAGUUCAGCAGCCUGCAAGUGCUCAAGUUUCUAGUCAGUGGCUUAAGAACAAGAGCCAGACAGAGAUGCUGGCUUUAGUCCAACAUGGCAACCCACAAGAGAUCAUCUCUUUUUGCAUUGCCCUCACCAGCCACCUCAACCAGAUGAAAUCUGGAGGGAGUGUUCCUGAGGUAAGGGACCGGAGAGAGAUUCGGGGUAAUGUGACCCGAGCCCUCGCCUCUCUCCCAGUUUCAUCCUUACAAGAUGUAGAUCAGCUCAGCUCAGCGCUGGCCCAGUCCACCGCUGUCCCUGAUGAGGUGGUAUGCGAGGGCUGUCAGGAGAGGGUUGUGGAGGCAGUGGGGAAGAUGAUCCAUGUGAUGGAGGAACAGACAAGUGCCGGCAUUGUUCCAGCUGCUGACACAGGGAGAAAUAUCUUAAAUGUCAUAGGUGGCACCUUGGCUGCUGUGUCUGAGACGGUCAGCACCUCCAGUUCUCAUUCAGCCUUCUCAAGUACACUGCAAAAAACUUCUGAAACUACUCUAUCGGCACUGGGCUAUGCUGGGGCCCUCAUGCACUCUCUGAUGCGCUCGCGUGUGCGUGGCGAGGAGCCCCUGUCACUGUUCACCCCUCAUAUAAACACCACCGGUUUCCAUGGAAAGCCUUCGAAGCUCCUCUGCACUCAGAACAACACCACAGAUCCAAAGUUAUUCGACCAAAGGCAGAUGAGGCCUACUUCUCCGUCGACCAAUGAAAGAUCUGAGACUGGCAUCCUGUGUCAGUUUCAUAUCCCACCCUCCUUGGCAGCUCAGCUGAACAGUCAGAACUCAGGCGUGGUGCAGAUACUGCUAGGUAUGGACACCGGAUCCAAGUCCAGUCCGUUGCUGACCGCUGCCGAUCCCCCAAUCUCCACCACUCUGGCUGCCAUGGAGUUCACCACCCCGCAAGGCCAGCCCAUACCCAUCCGUAAUCUGGACCCUGAACUGGCCAUACGCGUCACCCUGCCUAACAGACACCCUGUGGACAUGGGGUACCGAGGAUUCGGGCCUGGGUAUCGGGCAUGGAAAGGAAGUGCAGCUGAAGAUGAUAAUGGAACGAGUUCAUUUGGGUUAACUCAAACUACUCUCCCCACUGAGGGAUGGCUGAACUUCACAGUCAAAGUUGUAGAUGGGCUGGAUGACAAUGCAGGGCUGUACAUCUGCUUCAGCUUUAGCCUGGCACCAGGGGCUGUUCCAGUGGAAUCGGGGCACAUAAGAAUAGAAGUGAACACAGCUCCAUCAGGUGCUGGUGCAGCACAGGGCACCCUGGUGAGAGAGCUGAACCUCUCCAUCUCAACUCAGACUGACUUCACUGAGGAAACCGUCUUUCUCUCUCCAAUCUCUUUGUGCCAGUACUACAGUGUGAAGGAGAGGCGUUGGAGCAGUGAGGGUCUCAGUCCGCUGGAGGGCAGCACCAUACACACGGCACACUGUCUGACCCGGCAUCUCACCCUGUUUGGUGCCAGCCUGUUUGUUCAUCCUGGGGCUGUGGUGCUGCUCCCGCCGUCGGCUGGUCCAGCACGUAACAUGGUGGUGGGCAUUGUGUGUGCUGUCCUGGUUCUGAUCCACCUGCUGCUAGGGAUUAUUGCCCACAAACUGGACCACCUGGAUGGCCUGAGGCUUAGCCAAGUCCCCCUUUGUGGCCGACCAGGGCUAUACCACUACAGAGUUCUGGUCAAGACCGGCUGGUGGCGGGGAGCAGGCACCUCAGCACAUGUUGGCAUCAGUCUAUAUGGCGUGACCAAGAGUGGCUCUCGCCAUCUGCAAAGGGACGGAGCUUUUCAGCGCGGCAGCCUGGACCAGUUUCACCUGGAGACAGAUGACAACCUGGGAGAAGUUUGGAAGAUUCGUAUCUGGCAUGAUAAUACGGGUCUGGACCCUUCUUGGUAUCUGCAGCAUGUGGUGGUGUGGGACUCUCAGACGGACCACAUGUUCUUCUUCCUGGUGGAGGACUGGCUCUCAGUGGAGAAUGAGAAGAACGGCACUGUGGAGAAGGAAGUUCUGGCCUCAUGUCCCGGAGAACUGUCUCAAUUCCGGCGUGUUCUGUCCUCCCAGCUGCAAUUUGGGAUGAGGGACAGUCACUUUUGGUUGUCACUUUGGGAGCGCCCCACACAUAGCUGUUUAACCCGGGCUCGAAGAGUGAUGUGCAGUGCCGUCCUGCUGCAUUUCUACCUGGCAAUGGGGGCAUUGUGGUACGGGGCUGUUGGAGCUGUAGGGCAAAGUGGGCCGGCUUCAGCCCAGGUGUUGGUCAACGCAGAGACGGUCGCUGUGGGUAUGACUGUUGCGGCGCUCGUUUUUCCUCUACAGUGUCUUCUCUGUUUCCUGUUCCGAAAGGCGCAGAGCCAGGUAGCAGCGGACAGGUCAGCUCCUCCCUCCCCUGUCUGCCCCUCUGUGGAGAUUGACGUCUGUCUCGGCCAAUCAGAGCUCUCCGGUCCCUCCUUCCUGUCUCUCCCAGACUCGUUUGGUCCAGAGCGAGACAGUCCUUCAUCUUUGUUAGGAAGCGGGGCGUUUGAUUCGGGAAUCCUCAAGUUCUGGACUGCCUCCGGCCUGGCCCCUGACACGGACAGAGCAAGUAGGGACGGGGGGAUGGUGGGAUGGCCGUCCUGUGACAGUCUCCUGGAGUUUUUUGCUGGCCCCUCGUCUGCCCCCGAGGCCUCUGAGGCGUCAUCAGCCCCGGGUCCUAUGCGUCUGCUGCGGAGGAGGAAGGCCCUGAUGCAUCUUCGCCUGGCCUCACCCUGCUCCUUCAACUCACCCGCCACUCCUUUCGCGUUCCCUACGGGUCCCAACCAAUCCACGUCCCCACCCACCUGCUGCUUCUCCACAGCCAUUUCAAAUGCUCUCCCUUUCACCGCUCCUCCUGGCCAAGCACGCCACAACUUGUCAACCGAGCUCAACCACAACCUGACAACAACCGUUUUGACCGUCUCUGAGGAAAACCUGCUGAGGUCCAUAGCAGCAGCAGCAGACACAGCAGAGGUCACCAACAGUACAUCGACUUCAGACAGCGGCCGCUACUCCCCGAGGACCGACUCCUCGCUCUCCAACACCCAGAGCAGCUUCUGCAGUAGCUGGUCAGAGCAGAGUACUGAUAAAGGCGGGUAUGGGACGGAGAUCCACAAGUCCUCCACCCCCUCUGUCAGCUCCCUGGAUGGGAUGGGGCUGUACAAGUGUCCCUCUACCCUCUCUAUCGACUCGGUGGCCAGCACCUUCCUCCCAAGCCCCUGUCCUGAAUCUGUGCGCUCCCUCUCUGCUACGCGCAUAGGUGUGGCUCGUAGACAGCCCAGCUGGCUGCUCCCUCCCUGGGCGCUGUGUGUAAUUUACCUGUUGGCAGCCAUGCUGCUUGGGGCCUGCCUGGCUGUGGUAGGCCUCUACGGCAUCCAUUUCUCUCAAAAAGUUGUUCUGAUGUGGCUUAUAUCAGCUCUGUCAGCCAUCCUCACCUCAGCUCUGCUGCUGGAGCCGCUGAAGGUGUGUGCAUGGGCCUUGGUGUACACAGUGUUGUGGUGGCCUGUGGAUCCAGAGGUCGAGGACGUUUUGGCCCAGGAGGCGACAGUGAUGAGGGCAGCAGGAGAACAGGGAGGGUCGGUGCGUCCACCCUGCGGCUAUGGUUUGCUGCAGGCCAAAGAGGAGGCCCGCAAGGUCAGAGCACUGCGGUCUCUCAUGAAGCACUGCGUGUGUCAGCUGUUAUUCCUGCUGCUGGUGCUGAUGGUGAACUACCAGGACAGCGUGGAGGAAGAGCAGGGCAGGUUGCUGCUGUCUGCCGUCAGACGUCAUCUUCAUGCAGCUCCUGGCGGGACCCCCAACCUCACCUCGCUCAGAGGCUGGUCAGAUGCAUGGCAGUGGAUGGACCACACCUUGGUUCCACACCUACACCAAAACCCCAUGCUGCACCUGGUAGGACUUCCAAGUCUACGAUACACACAUGCUGCUGCUGGUAAGAAGAAUGUCAUCCUGGGGAACAGCAGCGCAAUGACCCGACAGCUGCUAGCUGACCUGCACACAGCAGACUGGACACUGACACGGUUUAAAUUUCUAUCUAUCGACUUCACACACUACCACAGGGAAACUGGCCUAUUCGUGUGUGUGUUGCUACAGCUAGAGGAGGCUCAAAACCACAGAGUCACUCCCUCCCUCUCUAUUCAUCUGCUUGUCAUCCCGCCGUCCUCCUCCGGACCAGACCUUCACGGGGUGCUUGCGGUCAUCCUCCUUAUCGCUGGUCUCCUAAUGCUGACUGGGGAGUUCUGGGCCAUGGCUACUGAGUGUGCCCAGUACAUCCAUCAGGGCUGGCGGUGGUACCAGCUCCUCCUGGUCUUGUUGUCUGUGGUAACAGCCACACAGCAGCUCUGCUCGCUGUCUCAGGCCACAUCCUGUCUGCACCAGCCACUGCUCCAUUCAAAGCUUUUCCAUUCAGUGUCUAUUUAUUCCACAGUUGCUUCGAACCCUGAGGUUUGUGCGGAGGUGGGUGAUUAUUGGCAGAGCCCUGCACAGAGCCUGGGGAGAGCUGUGGGCCCUGAUAGUCCCUCUGCUGCUGCUGCUGCUGCUCUGCGCUCACACCGCAAACAUGUUAGUGGUUUCCAGUCCCUACAUCAGGCAGGCAUCUCGGUGCUGUCUAUCCUCCGGGGCCGGCUGGUUCUUCAGAGACUGUGCAGGGCCCACCCAGUCUUGGGCCCUCUUUACGGGCUGCUGCUGAUGGGGGGAGGUCUCUGGCUGCUAGCAAGACUAUGUGGAUCAGUCCUUAUUCGUACUUAUAGGGCACUGCAGGCCGAGAUGUACCGUCCAGCCAUGGACCCUCAAGACUACGAGAUGGUGGAGUUCUUUAUCAAGAGGCUCAGGCUGUGGAUGGGACUCACCAAGGCCAAAGAGUUCAGACACAGGGUGAAGUUUGAAGGCAUGGAUGCCUCUCCUUCUAGGUCCUCCCAGGAGUCCCGUCUCUCCACCAUUUCUCCCGUCCUGCCUGUCUCCCGCUCCCCGUCCCUCUCCUCCUGCCUCCCAUCCCCCCUUCCGCAUUCCUCGGCUCUCUCUGUACGGUCAGAGGACCUGUCCGUGUCCGAGCCUGAGUUCAACGUCCAGCCCUACUUGGACCGCCUGGAGCCCUGUGUCAAUGACUUGUUGUCUCGUUUCGACCGCAUCAACCAGAUAGCUGAAGACCUUCACAGUCUGGAGGUGAAACUCGACGAGGCUCAGGAAAGGAGGAGGAAGAGGCGUAGCAGCAGCCAGCAUGAAGUUGGAGGAAGACUGGCUGUGACAAAAGAGGCAAAGGGAUUGAAAGGAGGGAGAGAAGGAGAAAUUGGAAACAGGAAAACGGGUCAGCUUUCCCCCAGACCACGCAUCUCCCUACCUUCCUCCUUUUCUUUCACCCCUUCUGCAGUUCUCUCCUUCCCCUCGGCUUUGGGGAGUAUCUCCUCCCGUACGCAAAACUCCUACUCUGAAUCAACAUUACUCCAGACUCACCCCUCUGAGACUUCCGACCCUGUACCUGGAAGCCACAGCCUGGGUCUGGGCUCUUAUAGACCACCCGGUUUUGGGAGGAUCCACAGACGAAGAGCCUGGCACUCGGGGAGCUCUCAGUCAGCUGACGUGGCUCACAGAGCCUGUCAGGCCUUGGAUGGAGUUGGGGGGUAUGGCGCUGGAGGACGAGAUAGUGGAGCCACAACUCAGGCCAGGCCCAGGAGUGAAGAGGGAUUGAGGAGGUGCAUCAUUGAUGGGGCCCCUGUUAAAAGAAAAGCCUGGAUCUCUGAAGGGCCAGACAGCGAGCAAGAUUGA